CAAAAUGGCGUUAGCUGUACAAUAAUACAUGGAUAAUAUUUUAUCAUGUAGUGGAUAUUCUAGUUCUAAGUUCGUUGAAAUAUACCAAAUUUAUUUAAAAAUGUAUCUAAUACAAUGUCAAGCAAACGAUCUCUAUUAUAAAGUACAAGAUAAUAAUAUUAAUAGUAUUGGUGAUAUUGUGCUAUACAUGUAACAAGGAAGACGAUUUAAUGGAGAAACAAUAAUGAUUUCAGACGAUGAAAAUAAAAUUAAUGAACACCAGGCAAAAUUAGAGAGUGGAAAUAUGGAUAAAAGGAAACUUGGUCGAGCAGAAAGAGAAGCAGAUUUAAAUAAAAGAAAACGCACUAUACCAUCACUCUAUUCCUCUGAUACAUUUGCUGGUUUGAAGUUAAAGAAGCCCAAAGGCAAUUCAAAUCCGGAAAAGCAGAAAACAAGCUCCAACAAUGAUGUAUCGUCGAAAGAACAUAGUAAAAUGCAACGUGAUCUAAAAGAAAUGAGAAAUAGAGUAAGAGUGUUAGAACAACAAUUACAAUUUGAAAAAAGCAAGAAUGAAACUCUUCAACAUUCAAUAAAUAAAAUAAUCUUGGAACAAAAUAUUCAAAAUAAAAUAGCUGAUGAUGUUGCAUCGAUUUUAAGAUUAUAUCACAAACAAAUGUCAAAUGACUUUAACACUCCAUCAACAUCACGUCAGGAUCUGUCACCGAUUGGAUUGCCGAAUGUAACUGAAGGGACAACCCAUGUGGGUUAUGACAUAUGGAUUAAGUCUGACGUAUUUGAUAUAAUAAUGAGUAAUACUUCACCUGGUGUUGUUAUUCGAGAUUUAGCUCGAGCGUUAUUUUCCGAAGAAGAACUUUUGAAUAGUACCGUAUCCGGUAGACCUUCUAACAAGAACAAGAAAAGAAAGGAAUUGGAAAACGUAAAUUUAGAAGUUCAAGGGCUUUCGGGCUCGAGAAUAAAUGCGAUAAGGGAUACAUUAGAAUACUAUUUAACGAUGAGGCACAAAAAAAUGCCACAAGUGAAAAAAGAUCAAAUAAUAGCUCGUGUCCGAUCUGUCAUAGCAUCAUUAAUUGCUGAUCAAAAAAAAAAGAUAAAAGUAAUGAAAAAAAAGUCAGAUGGAGUAGAUGAACAAAGCAAAGUAGAGAAGGAAAAAGAAAAAGAAGAUAAUGCUGAAGUAACUGAAAAAAAUAGAGAAGAAGAAGAUAAAGGAAAAGAAUCAGAAUAUAAUGACAAUGUAAUUAUAAAAACAGAAGAAAAUCAGGAAAUGGAGGCAGAAGAUGUUGAUAUAGAUGAAAGAAAUAUAGAAGUAACUGAAGAGAUAAAAAUAGAAUAUGGUAAUUAUGUUGAUGAAGCCAGAAGAUACAGCAAGCAAUAUUUUUGAAGAGGAAGAAGUGGAAGACAAAAAGGAUGUGGCGGUUAACGGAGAAAUUUAAGUUUAGAGUAGUUAGUAGUAGAUUAUGCAUCAAGGGACUUAAAUGGGCUAUUAUUGCCUCGCAUAGAUGAAGUCGUGCGUAUGUGUGACUUAAGUGACGUCAUUUCGCUGAGGCGAUGAUAGCCAUUAGGUCCUAUUGGUGCAUACUAUCUUUUAUAUAAAAAAGGUAACUUAUUCUAGGCGUAGAGAGGCAUCUGAGUAUCCCCUUUUUGUAAUUUUUGUACAGAAAUGCAGCUAAUAUUGAAUGCAUCUUUAUAUAUUACUGAUUGUAUAAAUAAAUUUAAGUUUAUUAAUAAACCAGUAAUGGCUAAAAA